UGAAGCGUAAGCAUUAGUGCCGUGAAAUCGUGUCAGUUAGACAAUAUCCUCUUCAAAGUCGUCAGGAAGCCUUCAGCCGCUACGUGUUGCUGCUGUCUGUAACUCUGUGGCCUCCGAGAAUGUACUAAGAUUCUCGUCAACAUUGGAAUAAAAAGUGCAGGACGGUGUGAUGCAGCCAUUCCGUGUGUCACCGGAGAUGUUGGACGGACUUGAAGACAAACUGCAGCUCUUAGGGGGCCACCGGGUGCCUGUGAGUCCCCCUUGUAGCCCACCCGCCCCCAGCAUCACACCUCCGUCACCCACACCGUCACCAGCCAUCCAGGACGAGAACAGCAACAUCAAGAAGGACAUACCUAUAGGAGCCACAACGCCGAUUAUUUCUGAACCACAACAAAAGAUUCAACAGCCGGAAGCGUCGUCAUGCUCCGGAGGACAGUCAGCGGCGGAGCUGCGGCGGUACAGGACAGCCUUCACCAGGGAGCAGAUCGGUCGCCUGGAGAAGGAUUUUUUGAGAGAGAACUACAUCAGCCGCCCGCGACGCUGUGAAUUGGCGCAGGAGCUGGGACUGCCUGAGGCCACCAUUAAGGUGUGGUUCCAGAACCGGCGGAUGAAGGACAAACGUCAACGACUGGCACUGACUUGGCCUUACGCUGACCCUGCCCUCACGGCCUACCUGCUGCACGCCGCCGCUGCCUCGGGUGUCUACCCGCCCUACCUGUCGCCCUCCUUCACCCCUGUCUCCCCCUGGGCUGCCGCUGCCGCCCAAUUCGGGGGUCCGCCGCCACCAGCGUAUACCUCCUCGCAGUUACGGUUCACACCGUACCCUCGCCCGCACCCUGCGUCCAUCCUCUCUCCGCCUUAUGCUAUGCCUUCCGACGUUCCCAUCCCGCCAACGUCCGUCAUGGCGCCCUCACCCGUAAUGCCGCGCCCUAGCGGUCACCUGCCUUCCUGUCCCGCCCGCGACUCUCCCAAGUUGGGUGGUGAUGGGUGUUUGUGUGGCCUCUUCUACCCCAGCCUGGCCCACUCCCUCACGCCCACCCUGCCUAGUCCACCUGCCCACCUACCCUCCACCGCCUCUGAUUCUGUGCACUCUCCCGUUCCCGUCAACAACGACACAGCGGGUCGCUGCAGCCCCGUCAACAGGCCAGCGACGUCCCCACAGCGGAAGGCGCCGCCACGCUCACUGUUCAAGCCUUACCGGGAUGAUCUGGUAUCAUGAGGCUGCUCCGCCCUAGUCACCCUCACCUGUAC